AUGAAAUUCGCGACCUAUGAGAAACAUACUGCUCGGAGGAACUCGUACCGUCCCCCUACUCAAGAGGGAACAAUUCCCUUGUCAGGACGUGAUGGUGAACUCCUAGUCACCACAAGUUCCACUCAUCCAUCUCAUGCAGGUCCCCUAGCACCAAUACGUCUUGCUACCGUUCCAGAUGAUGUCAUCUGGGGCACUGUAAACACUUUUAACGAGCUUGCCAGACUAUUCGCAGAGCAAUUCAUAGCAAAUCGAUGGAUCAUCAAAAAUUCAUCUCAUCUCUCAGGAAUUCGUCAAAGUGAAGGAGAGUCGCUCAAAGACUACUUCCGUAGUUUUUCUGCUGAAGCCCGUCAAAUUCUGGGAGUAGGUCCAGAGUUACUUUGGGGGUUUUUCUUGAGGGGCUCGCCUAGGACCCUUCUAUUCAUCACUGUGCGGGAGACAGUUCAUUCUUAUGCCGAACUUGUCCACCGUGUUGAGGCCCAAAUCACUGCAGACGAGGCUAUUAGUGCACAUAAAGAACAAGUUGAGAAAUUUGGGGAAAAGCGCAAAGGUAACUCCAAAAACAAAAAUCAAUCUUCGCAAUGGAGAAAGUCUGAACAACCGAAGAAUUGUGACCUCCUCAUUCAACUUGCGGGUCAACGAACUGAAUAUCAACCCAAGAAAGAGUAUACACCACUCAACACGUCACAUGCAAACAUCUUGAUGGCCAUCAAGGAUGAGCAAGCUAUUAAGUGGCCUAACCCCUUAAAACCUAACACGGGAAAUCAAGAACAAUACUGUCAUUUUCAUCGAAGUCGUGGCCACACCACUGAGGCAUGUAAACUCCUUAGGGAAGAAAUUGAAAGGUUGAUUCAGCAGGGAUAUCUUGGUCGAUUUAUUGAAAACAAACUAGCUGGUAACGAUAAUGUUGCUAUUGGGGGCAACAAUUACAAAGACAACAACAUGGGGGUCACCCAGUCGUAG